UCCAUGGUCCCAGCCACAAUGGCUAACUGUGUCGUGGGCUACUUUCAAGAAAACCCUGCUAGCUUGAUAUGCAGCUAGCUAGUAGCUAGGCUAGCUGCAACGCCAAAUAGCUUCUCAGACCUGUCCUUGGUCAGCAGGAUCACUGGAAAGAAACAAGCAGUCCUAGCAACUGAUGCCAACUGCGUCGUGGGAUCCAAACUAAGAAGCUAGCUACCAAGAACUUUCCAAUACACUUUCAAACAACAAACUUUCCAAACAAACAAAACCAAGCUCUUCUUUGUUCCGCAUUCAACAGGAAGUGACUUGAAGUUUCACGUUGAAUUCACGUUAGUUGACAACUCAACCAAAUGUAAAUGAACACUGGAUGUUGAAAUUAUGUCUGGGCCCAGUGGGAGGCCAUUUAAAUGUGUAAGAUCAGCCAAGAGGUUGAGAAGGAGGAGUGGUAUGUGUGAAUGAGAGAUUCUGAGAAAAUUAGGGAGGGAGAGCAAGAGAUAGACUAAUUAUGACUGGAAGAUGAGAGAUUCUGCAGUGGUCUAGAGAGGCUAAGAUUAAGAUUAAGGCUAGAGAUAAACUCAGGAAAAAAAUAAACGUCCCUUUUUCAGGACCCUGUCUUUCAAAGCUAAUUUGUAAAACUCCAAUAACUUCACAGAUCUUCAUUGUCAAGGGUUUAAACACUGUUUCCCCUGCUUAUUCAAUGAACCAUAAAUAACAGCUUACAGACAGUAGGCAAUUAAGGUCACAGUUAUGAAAAUGAGGCCUUUCUACUGACACAAAAAAAUACCAAAAGAAAGAUGCCCAGGGUCCCUGCUCAUCUGCGUGAAUGUGCCUUAGGCAUGCUGCAAGGAGCCAUGAGGACUUCAGAUGUGGCCAGGGCAAUAAAUUGCAAUGUCCAUACUGUGAGACACAUAAAAUAGUGCUACAGGGAGACAGGACGGACAGCUGAUCAUCCUCGCAGUGGCAGACCACGUGUAACAACACCUGCACAGGGUCGGUACAUCCAAACAUCACACCUGCGGGACAGGUACAGAAUGACAACAACAACUGCCCGAGUUACACCAGGAACGCACAAUCCCUCUAUCAGUGCUCAGACUGUCUGCAAUAGGCUGAGAGAGGCUGGACUGAGGGCUUGUAGGCCUGUUGUAAGGCAGGUCCUCAUCAGACAUCACCGGCAACAAUGUCGCCUAUGGGCACAAACCCACCAUCGCUGGACCAGACAGGACUGGCAAAAAGUGCUCUUCACUGACGAGUCGCGGCUUGUCUCACCAAGGGUGAAGGUCGGAUUUGCAUUUAUCUUCGAAGGAAUGAGCGUUACACCGAGGCCUGUACUCUAGAGCAGGAUCGAUUUGCUGUGACAUGGUCUGGUGUCACAGCAUCAUCGGACUGAGCUUGUUGUCAUUGCAGGCAAUCUCAAUGCUGUGCGUUACAGGGAAGACAUCCUCCUCCCUCAUGUGGUACCCUUCCUGCAGGCUCUUCCUGACAUGACCCACCAGCAUGACAAUGCCACCAGCCGUACUGCUAGUUCUGUGCGUGAUUUCCUGCAAGACAGGAAUGUCAGUGUUCUGCCAUGGCCAGCGAAGAGCUCGGAUCUCAAUCCCAUUGAGCACGCCUGGGACCUGUUGGAUUGGAGGGUAAGGGCAAGGGCCAUUCCCUCCAGAAAUGUCCGAGAACUUGCAGGUGCCUUGGUGGAAGAGUGGGGUAACAUCUAACAGCAAUUACUGGCAAAUCUGGUGCAGUCCAUGAGGAGGAGAUGCACUGCAGUACUUAAUGCAGCUGGUAGCCACACCAGAUACUGACUGUUACUUUUGAUUUUGACCCCCCCUCCUUUGUUCAGGAACACAUUAUUCCAUUUAUGUUAGUCACAUGUCUGUGGAACUUGUUCAGUUUAUUUCUCAGUUGUUUAAUCUUGUUAUGUUCAUACAAAUAUUUACACAUGAUAAGUUUGCUGAAAAUGAACACAGUUUAGUAAGAGACUGAAAUAGUGACACAGAAAGAAAGAGUGGGUUCCGAGAUAGAAGGAAAGAUAUAGAAGCAAAUAGAUAAAAGGAAAGAUAGGAGUAAAGACAAAGAAGUAAAGACAGAAGUAAUGAGAUAAAAGGAGACAUAGAAGUAAUGACAGAAGUAAAGACAGAAGUAAUGACAGAAGUAAAGACAGAAGUAAUGAGAUACAAGGAAAGACAUAGAAGUAAAGAGAGAAGUAAAGACAGAAGUAAUGACAUAAAAGGAAAGACAUAGAAGUAAAGACCUAGAAGUAGAGAUAUAGAAGAAAAGAGAUUAAAGGAAAUAAAUAAAAGGAAAGACAUAGAAGUAAAGAAAUAAAAGGAAAGACAGAAGUAAAGAAAUAAAAGUAAAGACAGAAGGAAAGAGAUAGAAGUAAAGACAGAAGGAAAGAGAUAGAAGUAAAGAGAUAGAAGUUAAGAAAUAAAAGGAAAGACAUAGAAGUAAAGAAAUAAAAGGAAAGACAUAGAAGUAAAGACAGAAGGAAAGAGAUAGAAGUAAAGACAGAAGUAAAGAGAGAAGUAAAGACAGAAGGAAAGAGAUAGAAGUAAAGACAGAAGGAAAGACAGAAGUAAAGACAGAAGGAAAGAGAUAGAAGUAAAGACAGAAGGAAAGAGAUAGAAGUAAAGACAGAAGGAAAGACAGAAGUAAAGACAGAAGGAAAGAGAAGUGGAAAGAGAUAGAAGGAAAGAUAUAGAAGUAAAGAGAUAAAAGUAAACACAGAAGUGAAGACAUAGAAGGAAAGAGAUAGAAGGAAAGACAGAAGGAAAGACAUAGAAGUAAAGACAGAAGGAAAGAGAUAGAAGUAAAGACAGAAGGAAAGACAGAAGUAAAGACAGAAGGAAAGAGAUAGAAGUAAAGACAGAAGGAAAGACAUAGAAGUAAAGACAGAAGGAAAGACAUAGAAGUAAAGAGAUAUAGAUUUAGUAGAUAGGUUGUAGUGUUUUCAUUGCCUCAUGCCAGCUACAGUACACCCCACCCCCCCGCCACGCUAUUUAUACACACGGUCCUGCCUCCCCACAUACCACACACACGCACACUCACACACAUGGACGUAAGCACUCACACACGCAUGGACAUGAGUGCUCUCACACACACAGACACGUAACACUGGACAGCGUAGGAUCGCCGAUACAGACUAUGAGACAGGAACUUACGUGGCUGAACUUGCAGGUCCUGGAUUCAACAGGUGGAUUUAUAGGGAAAGGCAGACAGAGAUAGUAGGACCAGUGAAGAGCAGCACAUGUGGUGCUGUGUCCGGGACACUGAGGCUGUACCAGUGAAGCUGUCCCUGGAUGCUUUGCUGCAGAUGUCCAGUUGUCAGGUGCAGGACACCAUGAGACGACUGGGCUCCAACCCAGAGGAGUGCUCUCAACUCACCGUUGCCCUCUCCUGCCUGAAGAAUGCUACUGAGAUAGGUGGGGACAUCAGGGAAGACACAGGAACCUUGAUAACAGAGUCGCCCCGCCGUGACAGUAACACAUUACCUCCUCUGGACCGUCGUCCCUCCACCCCUGCCACACUACCCUGUGGCCCCAUCCUCAGUCCCCACACCCACGCCCGUUCUGUCUCUGUGACUGUUGUACCCUGUGUGGACGAUAAGGGGCAUAAAGUCUACACAGGCGACAUGACGGACACCUUCCCCUCCUCGUCGCUGCUCCUCUCCAAUUUCUCUCCCUCCAAGAGACGCACCAAGCACCUCCCACGCGCGCCCCCACCCCCCUCCCGAAUGCUGCUGCAGCUCCCCUUCAACAUCACCCUCACACGCAGCAAGAGCCACGAGUCACAGCUGGCCAAUCGCAUAGAAGAUCCAGUGCCCAACAACAAGAGGGGGAAGAAGAAUAAGCUGCUCCUGAACGUGCACAUCAACAGUAGCAGUGGGAACGGGUGUGAAGACUCCGCCUGCACCCCUGGUCCGGCCACCACCCCCUACACCCUCCCAGGCACCCCCACGCUGCUCGAACCUCCUCUCACACUCCCUCACUCUCAUUUCCUUCCAGACAACCUGGCAUUGCACCGGGGGUCUCCACAGAUAAUGAGGAAAGAUAUCGGCCUCUCUGUAACACACAGGUUUUCAACCAAAUCCUGGCUCUCACAGACAUGCCAGGUGUGUCAUAAGAACAUGAUGUUUGGUGUUAAGUGCAAACACUGCAAGUUAAAGUGCCAUAACAAAUGUACCAAAGAAGCCCUUCCCUGCAGGAUAUCUUUUCUUCCACUCCCGCAAAUCCGCCGGGCAGAAUCUGUACCAUCCGAUAUCAAUAAUCAAAUUGACCGCACAGCAGAGUUACCAAUCCAGUUUGGCACUUUACCUAAGGUGCUAACCAAAAAGGACAACCCUCCCAUGUUGAGUCAGAUGGAUUCCAGCAGUAACCCCUCCUCCACCACUUCCUCUACACCCUCCUCGCCCACCCCCUUCCAGCAGAGCAACCCCCCCAGCGUCACCACCACACCGCCCCCCAAUCCCUCGCCCGGACCCCAGGGGCCCCGAGACAGCCGAUUCCACUUUCCAGCUGGCGGUUAUUUACAACCUAGACAACAGUUUAACUUCCCUGACAUUUCCUCUUCACCGUAUCCUGUUGGACUAGACCCUGAAGGCCACCAUGGCACUGGAGACACACAGCAACUGGCCCAAUCAGAACAUCCAUCUCAGGGACAGGAAGGAGGAUCGGAAGAGGAGGCAGAAGAGGAGGAAUACCUAGGAGAGGAGGAUGAGGGAAAUGGUAGCAGGGAGAGCAGAGAGAAGGGCCACACAAACGGAGAGUGUGAUGGGGACGAGUUAGAGGAGCUGCCCAGCUACCGGGGCAGGAUGGCCGGGGGCCGAUGGAGGGGACCCAUCUCCCGUAAGGCCAGCCAGACCAGCGUGUACCUGCAGGAGUGGGACAUCCCCUACGAGCAGCUGGAGCUGGGGGAGCUCAUUGGCAAGGGCCGUUGGGGGAAGGUGCAUAAGGGGCGCUGGCAUGGAGAGGUGGCCAUCCGGCUGCUAGAGAUAGAUGGUAAUAACCAGGACCACCUGAAGCUGUUUAAGAAGGAGGUGAUGAACUACAGGCAGACCCGCCACGAGAACGUGGUCCUCUUCAUGGGGGCCUGCAUGGCCCCGCCACACCUCGCCAUCAUCACCAGUUUCUGCAAAGGUCAGACACUAUUCUCAGUUGUAAGAGAUGCCAAGAACACACUAGACAUCAACAAGACAAGGCAGAUUGCUCAGGAAAUUGUUAAGGGUAUGGGUUACCUUCAUGCUAAAGGAAUCGUUCACAAGGACCUGAAGUCCAAGAAUGUGUUCUAUGACACAAACAAAGUGGUAAUCACAGACUUUGGUCUUUUUGGAAUGUCCGGAGUGGUACAAGAGUACCACAAGAGGCGAGAGAACGAAGUAAGGCUCCCUCAUGGCUGGAUAUACUACCUGGCCCCUGAGAUCGUCCGCAGGAUGGGUACUGGGAACCAUGAGGACCGCCUGCCUUUCUCCAACGCUGCAGACGUCUACGCCUUUGGCACCAUUUGGUACGAGCUGCAGGCCCGUGGCUGGCCACUCACCAACCAGCCAGCAGAGGCCACCAUCUGGCAGGUGGGCAGCGGAGAGGGCAUCAAGAAGGUCCUGGCAAAGGUCAGCCUGGGCAAGGAGGUCACGGAGAUACUGUCUGCCUGUUGGUCCUUCAAGCCAAAAGAGCGUCCCUCCUUCACCCAGCUGACUGACAUGCUGGAGAAGCUGCCGAAGCUCAACCGCAGGCUCUCCCACCCAGGACACUUCUGGAAGUCAGCCGAGCCCUGGGUUCAUCAUCAUUGCCUGCGGGACCAUUGCAGUAAGGGCCUGCAGUCUCGCUGCCCCUACAUAUACAAAUAACACAUCUCUCAGUGGCAACUUGUGCUUAUCAAUUCUAAGGAAUAGCCUGUUUGGUAUUAGAUUCAGAGGAAUUCAGAGAAAUGGAUGACCUUGCAUAAUGACAUCAACUGGUAUCGCAGCCAAUAGAGUAACCAAUAUAUAGAGUAAUGCAUCUUUGUCAACUUGCUAAAUGUACCAUAAUGCACUGCCUGGGUUGUUUGUUAGUUUCUUGUUCUUUGCCUAACUGCAGUUCAUGUAUUGACAUUUUGGUACUAGUAGUGGCUAAUGCAAACAGUCUAGUCUAACCGCUUGCUUUCUUUAAAGUUUCUCUCCCUCUCUCACGUUCGCUCUGUACUCUCUCGCGCUACCUCUCUUCUCUCUUUUCCCCUUUCUCUCUCUUUUUCUCUCUCUCACCCUACAACUUAGGUUCUAGCCUUCAGUAUGCAAGAGGAAGUAAUACUAUGAGGUUUAAUGUAAAAUGUUGAUUUGCCUCUUGUGCACUCUUUAUGUGCCUGUCUCAGCAUGCCCUGUAUGUGUGUGUAUAGGGACAUGUGUGCAUGCCUGUUUGGUUGGUAGAUGAAUGUAAUGUGCUGGACAUCCAGAGGUUAACCCUGUGAAAGACUGUAGUGAUUGAAUGUUAGCAGUGAUAACAACACAAAGAUAAAUGUAUCCAAUCUAUAUAAAUAUAUAUAUAUAUAGAAUUGUUUUAUUUAAUGUACAGAUAACAUUUAUUUUAUUAUGUGUACAAAGUCUUUAUAUUACAUUGCACGUUACAUUAUAGGUACUUCACAUCUAAUUAUGUAGAGCUUUAAAAACCUAUUUUUCCCUCAACACUGUGUAAACAAAUUGUACAUUACUUAAAGAUGGGUUGGUGUUUUUGAUGUCAUAAGAAUGUAUAUUUUUGUACAGAUUGUGGCUACACUCUGAAAGAGUUUCUGGUUUCCUCAAUGAAAGAUGAUAAAACUAAACUCACGUCA